CAGUCGCUGCUCGGACCAGCGGAGCAGCAGCUGCUGGAGACUCUGCUGUCACUGCUGCAGGAACAAGACUCAACCAGCGCCCAGCAGGAAACCACACUAACACCCGCUCUGGGAAGAAAAAAACUACCGCUCACAGCUUGCUGUUUUCCUGAGGAACCUGCAAAACCUGUCUUAGCCUGCCGCAGACCGAGCAGAAACCCUUACUGUGCAAUGGCUCUGUUGACCUUGCAUAGGCUCCCCUCCAUCUCUACUGCUCCAGAUGAAAGCCUUGAAAGAAGAGGGAGACUUCAAAAAAGGGAGAGCUUUGCCCUUGUUAAAGGGGCAGUCCUUCUCCUGGAGGAUGGUAAGAGUGGGGGUCUCCAUGACGAUGCUUCACCUACUGGAUCUUCUCCGGUUAAGCAAAGCGGUGGAGCAUCAGACACACAGCACAAACACCUUCAUGCCAUGUUUGAACAGCUCCGACCAGAAGAUACCAUCAAACUGGCGGUGCAGUUGGAGUCUGUAAGCACGGUCAGAGUCAGGUAUCUGAUUGUCACCUCCACUCUGGGCAGCAAAGAUGAGAGCAUCCUGUUGGGCAUGGAUUUCCCCAGCUCAGACAGUGAGCAGUGCACUAUUGGACUGGUUCUGCCAAUAUGGAGCGACACACAAGUGUAUCUGGAUGGAGAUGGUGGGUUUAGUGUGACCUCAGCAGAGAAGACCAGAAUUUUCAAGCCGAUCUCCAUGCAAACCAUGUGGUCAGUGCUGCAGGUGCUUAAUGGCUGCUGUGAGCGAGCAGUCAAGGCAGCGGUGAUCCCAGGAAAUGGGCUGGAGUGGUCCCAUCACUACCACCACCACAUCGAGUCUGAUCGCAUCUGCCUCAACGAGUGGGAGGCCAUGAACGACCUGGAGUCGGUCCGCAGGGACAGUGAUGGACAGAGUUCAGUAGACAGAGUUUCCAAUGAAAGACUGAUCAAAGAGCAUCUGAGGGACAUCAUGAGGACUGAGGACCUGGACAACCUCACUUCUAAAAUGGUGCAUUCUGCUCUGGAAACCAGGAUAGGCUUUGACAUGAGACCUUACAAGGAGUACAUUGACAAUGAGAUUUUGGUUACCAUGGCUCAAAUGGACAAACCCUCCAAAAUAUUCGACUACCUUUAUCUGGGCUCUGAGUGGAAUGCAGCUAAUUUUGAGGAGCUGCAGAAAAACAACAUUGGCUACAUUCUUAAUGUGACGAGGGAGAUUGACAACUUUUUCCCAGAGUCCUUCACUUACAUGAACAUCAGAGUGUACGAUGUGGAAGCCACCGACCUCCUGUCCCAUUGGCCUGCCACAUAUAACUUCAUCAACACUGCAAGGAAGAGUGGUCAGGCCGUGUUGGUGCACUGCAAGAUGGGAGUUUCUCGAUCUGCGUCCUCUGUGAUGGCCUAUGCCAUGAAACAACAACGCUGGCCUCUGGAAAUGGCCCUGACCUACGUUAGAGAUUGCCGGCCCAUCAUCAAGCCAAAUGACGGCUUCAUGAAGCAGCUGCAGACCUACAACGGCAUUCUCAACGCAAGUCAGCAGCGUCACAGCGCCCUCUGGAGACGAAAGUCAAGGGACCAAAGACAAAAGUCAGUGAGACAGGAGGAAAGAGAGGAGGCAGACGAAGCAGGAGAGGAAAAGGAGGACGAAGACAAUGAUGAUGAAUAUGACGAAGAGGACGAGGACGAAGAGGAGGAAGAGGAGGAUACAGAGAGUCCACGUGAACAUGACUCAGACAAUCCAGAUGAAAAAAAUGAUUCUGAGGGAGACCAUGAGGUGUUUGCAGAAGCAGCUCUCACGUCAGACACCAUCCAGUCCUCUGCGCCCUCAGAACCAGCAGUCGGUCCUGUCGUCACUUUAAAUGAACCAGACAAGGUUGUUCCCAGUGUUAAUCGCAGUGGCAGAAUGAACCUCUUCUCCCUUAUGCAGUCCAUUAGUGAACUAGAUGAUGGAGAUAAAGGACAGUGGCCCGGGAAUCCAAAGCGGUCUCCAAGACAGCGGUUGCGUAGCCAGGGGCGAAAGACUCUCACCCACCAAAGCGGAUGUGUGGAUGUUCCAGCUGAACCACGUAGUCUGCCAGACGCAGGCCAAAGCAAACCCUAAAGUCGUCUGAGAAAUGGACUUUAGGAGCAUAGAAAAGUAAGAGGGACCAUUGAGACGGUCCAAGGAGGAAAUCCUGAAGGAGAUGACACACGAGGGACACAUGCCAAGGCUUUUAUACACCCAUGUUUUGUCACUUUUUUUAUGCACAUCUCACUUCAUGAAAAUGAUGUCGGUUAAUUUCAGUGAGGAUCUUUCCACAGUAUUGCUGUAUCAGUAAAAGUCCGGAUAUCUUAUAACAGAUUGUGAUGUCUGUUGUUGUGUUAUGGUUGUCAAGUGUUUAUGAAGAUAUCUUAACACAAACCAUUACGUCUGACCAGGGCUCCCUUCUUGCUUCCUGUCGCUGUCCCAUCAACACAUCACAGAGAUCUAUGCAAAAACUGUUUAAACUUUUGAGACUUUGAAGCUACUUCUUGAUGUUCGUUGUUCUUGGAUGAGAGGAUUUUAAUGUAUCUAAGCUGUGCAUUAUGAGCCAUAUCAUGGCCAGUUUUAUGGCACAUUCCUGUUUGCCAAAUGAUGUAUUUCAAUGUGCCAGUGAGUAUAUUUAAUGGAAAACCUUUACGUCAGUAUGUUAGGAACGAUCAACACAAAUGUUAUUUUUAUUCUAAGUCAGGAUCAGGACUGCAUGAGUGCCUUUACCCUGAGAAUGAAAACAUACCUGGUGUCUGGUGUUUUUAAUUACUUUACUGUGAGGUGGUGGCCACAUAUUGAACAUCUUCUGGACGGUUUCUCUCUUGGUUUUAUUGCUGCAUCUCAAGAGCCUGCAUUUAUGCACGCAGAGUUUGAGUUUAUAUGUAUGAGCACAUACUUGCUGGAUGACCUUGGUGCAUGUUUUUGUGUUUCUUCCAGCCUGUAAGAGCAAACAUGUUCAGGAUUUCCUUUUUUUUAAUGAGCAAUGAAUAUUUCAGCUAAUUAUUCAUGUCACUAAAUGCUGAAGUGGAACAUCAUUUCAUGCUGUUAUACUUUUCAUCAGGUAAACCGAAGCUAAAUCUUAAUUUGCUAAACUUUAAUUUAUUUAACCAUAAUGCUAACCAUUAAUGCGUAAAUACGCACUUUAUAAUCCCGCAGUACACACUGUUCACAUUGUCAUAAGCCACUGCGCCCUGGACCAUGCUUACAAUGAGAAGUGAUUAUUGUAAGUUAUAUUCAGCUCUCCAUUUCUUUUUAUGUUAAGCUGUUCACGGUGAGCACCUCGUUCUUGUUUACAGGCACUUUGAGUGAAAAAUAAAUGAUUGUUCUCCAA